GGACCAUUGAAAAUACUGUCGGCUUCCACCAGGCAAAGACCAUUACCUGUCCCUCUCUCAUCCAUCUCUCUCUUCAGUUCGCUUCAUCUUCGUCAAAAACCCUAAUAAUUGGUGCCCACUGAUCGAUCAAUUGGAGCUGGGAUGCCUCUGAAGUGAUAGCCCAUCAAGCUGUUUUCUUGAAAUGGAGGAUUUUUCCUGCGCUUUAGCGGGGAGCAUUGACAUUUUCUUGAAUCUCUGAGAUCUAUUUCUCGUAGCUGCGGUGUUGGGUAGAAGCAGGAUUUGACAUUUGUUUGAGCAAUAAUCAUACAAACUAGCAAGGCUUCGGGUUUUCUACUUAAUGGCACAUCUUGUGGCAAAUCAGUUCAAUAAAGGGACCUAUCCAGGGUCUUCACAUGAUCCUUUGUACAAGGAACUCUGGCAUGCUUGUGCUGGACCAAUUGUGACACUUCCUCGGGAAGGGGAAAGGGUUUAUUACUUUCCACAAGGUCAUAUGGAACAGCUUGAAGCAUCCACCCAUCAGGGAUUGGAUCAGAAGCUUCCUUCAUUUAACUUGCCAGAUAAAAUUCUGUGCAAAGUAAUGAAUGUUUAUCUUCGGGCUGAACCCGACACGGAUGAGGUUUAUGCUCAGAUAACUCUGCUUCCUGAAACAAAUCAAAGUGAGAUUACAAGCCCUGAUCCUCCUCUGCCUGAACCAGAGCAAUGUAAUGUCCAUUCUUUCUGCAAGACACUCACUGCAUCUGAUACUAGCACCCACGGUGGAUUUUCUGUUCUUAGGAGGCAUGCCGAUGAGUGUUUACCCCCACUGGAUAUGUCUCAACAGCCACCAUGGCAGGAAUUGGUUGCUACAGAUCUUCACGGCAGCGAAUGGCACUUUCGUCAUAUUUUUCGAGGUCAACCUAGGCGUCACCUACUCACAACAGGGUGGAGUGUUUUUGUUAGUGCAAAGAAGUUAGUUGCUGGAGAUGCCUUCAUCUUCCUCAGGGGUGAAAACGGAGAACUUCGGGUUGGAGUUAGAAGGCUAAUGAGACAGCUGAACAAUAUGCCGUCUUCUGUUAUAUCAAGUCACAGUAUGCAUCUAGGAGUUCUUGCCACUGCAUCCCAUGCCGUCUCAACUGGGACUCUUUUCUCUGUUUUUUACAGGCCAAGGACAAGUCGAUCUGAGUUCAUUGUGAGCGUAAACAAAUAUAUUGAAGCUCAAAACCACAAGCUCUCUGUUGGGAUGAGAUUUAAGAUGAGGUUUGAGGGCGAGGAAGUCCCUGAAAGAAGAUUCAGUGGGACCAUUGUUGGCCUUGAAGAUGAUACACCAUCUAGAUGGCCUGAUUCUAAGUGGAGAUCUCUUAAGGUUCAAUGGGAUGAACCAUCUUCUAUAGUGCGCCCUGAUAGGGUUUCGCCAUGGGAGAUUGAACCUCUUGUCACUUCGACACCUCAAAUGCCCCAGCUUUCACAAAGGAACAAGCGCUCACGCCCAUCAGCUUUACCUUCUUCUGCACCUGAAUUCUCUUCAUUAAGCACAUGGAAAUCGCCCUCUGAGUCUCCUUCAUCAUUCACACAUUGUGAUGCAUCUCGUGGGACAGACCU